GCCAUUUCCACCUGCGCAACACUAACCCAGCCUUCUCGAGUCAGGUCCCAUGAUCCCAUCCGUCCAUCCCGCACCCGCGCAACCCAGCGCCGACGCCGUGAGCUCGGGCUGCGUGGAUCGCACAACUGUAGCGUCGCGGUCGUUGCGACUGAACGGGGAUUACGGGGAGUUCGGGGAGCGCGGGUAGCGCGAGGAGUGCGGGGAGCGCGCAUGGAGGAGUGCGGCAAGUGCGGGGAGCGCGCGGUGGAUUACGACGAGCAGGCGCUGGCGCUGGUGUGCGCACGAUGCGGCCACGUGGCGGACGACGCGCAGCUCACGUCGCGCGUCGAGUUCGACGAGUCGGGGCGCGCGGGCGGCGUGCGUGUUGGCGGCGGCGGAGGCGCGGGGGAUGGCGGCGAGCCCCGCUCGUGGAUGUGGACGGCGGGAGCGGGUGGGGGGCGAUUUGGGGGAGGGUGGGGGGAGGGGACGGCGGAAACGAAGUGGGGCGGCGGAGGCAAGUCGGCGGAGUUCAAAAGGCGGAAGAACAAACGCGAGUGGGAGGAGCGGCUGGGCGCGGUGGUGGCGGGGCUGCGGGUGCCGGAGGGGGUGCGGGGGGAGGCAGUGGAGGUGGCGGAGCGGGUGCUAGAGGGGCGGUGGGGCGGCGGGCAGUGGAUGGGCGUGCUCAUGGCGGCCGCCGUGUACAUCGCCGCGCGCAACAGACGCCUACCUGUUUCCAUGGCGGAGGUGGCGCACGCCACGGACUGCCAGCUGGCAUCGGUGUGGGCCAUGUUUAAGCGCUUGCUGGCUUAUUUUCCAAUGCUGCAGCCUGAGCAUGUGGAUCCAAUCAGCCAUGUGUGGAGGGGAGUGCAUGCCAUGCCAUCCCUGGCGGGCGAGGGUGGCAAGCAGGCGCUGGUGAGGGACGCCAUGAGGCUGCUGGCGUUCGCCCACUCGCACUCGCUGCACACCGGCCGCCAUGCCGCCCCGAUGGCAGCGGCGGCACUGCUGCUGGUGGCGGCAGCGAGGGGGGUGGUACUGGGGGAGGCGCAGCUGUGCGCGGCCAUGGCGGUGCCCCCGGCCACGGUGCGGCGGCGCUUCUCAGAGCUGGUCCCGGCGCUCUCGCGCCUCGCGCGCUCGCUGCACCUCCCCGCUGCGGCGCACGCCACCUCGCAGGAAGCUUUCCAGCGCCUGCUGCCGUCCAUCCUUGCACUUCUGCCGUCCCCGGCUCGAGUAGGUCACCGCUUUGUGAUGCCAUCUGCAGGAGACCACAGUGCUGACGUGGACAGAAAUGCUGACGUGGACAAAAAUGCUGGCUUGGACAGAAGUGGUGACGUGGGCAGACGUGCUACCGUGGAAGAUAAAGCUGCUGAGGGGCCUGCCCCAGGCUGUGUGCUUCAGUCGUCUUUCGCUGGAGGUGAAAGAGCAGGGCGAGGAAACGGGGCAGCACAGGCAGGGGCAGUUCGUGAUGAGGAAAGCAAUGAGGGAAAGGGAGGGGGGGGAGGGAGGGAGAGGAGGGAGGAUGGGGCCGCAUUGGAGCCAAGAGAGGGGCAUGCGGUGUGCGCCAAUCAGCUGCUGCCACCUGCGUUUGAAGACAGCGUGAAGGCCCAUCAACGGCGUGCCGGCCACAUCAGCCGGGCACAGCAGCGCCUGCAGCAGACGAAGCGCGACAGAUGGGGGCGGGCAGGGAGAAGAGGAGCUGUGGGGGCGGGGCGAGGGGGGAAGAGGGUGCGGAGAAGCAUGAGGUCGUUCGGUGAGGGUGGCGGUGGUGUGGGGGCUAAGGGGCGGCAAGAGCAAGGGGGUGGUAGUGAGGAUGCUGUCGUGGAUUGGCUGCUGCUGCAACAGGCCGAUCCCAGUGCAACCUCAGCCGGUUGGUAUCGCUCUGCUGCUUCUACUGUUAUAGAUCGCCACAUUAACAGCUCCGGCAAGGAGAAAUAACACAUAAAUUGUAUGUAUUGAAUGUAGUUUUUUUCUCGUUUCCCGAACGUGUGAUCGAACUGCACCAUGCUGCACCACACCGAAGUGAGCGUGGAACUGAACGCAGCAGCAUGGCAAGUGCCCCAGCCUAGUGCACAACGGUGGUGCAUGGCAUGGCAUGGUGGGUCGUGGGGAAUGAUCCUGGGAGAUGCGAGGUAACGCUGCGCCAGCAGCAUAGUUGUUCUUUGGCAUGGCCAUGGCUGGUAUGCUGAUGUGCUGAAUGCCAAUGCUGGUAUGCUCAUGCUGAGGAGAAGGGGAGUGCAGGUGGACGUGCAUGCAUGGCCAGCUUCGUGGCAGCUUGGAUGGGGCAAGAUCGGAUGCAGGUCAUGGUGUUUUUCGAGCCAUGCAUCUUAUGCGGUGCGCCUAUGAACCAUAUGCGGAGUGGAGACAGGAGAAAGGAAGGCUGCUCUGCCCAUUGGCUUGAGA